ACAAGCCCCUCCCUGAGGCUCCCUCUAAUAAGCGCCCCCCCCCUUUUCAGGGGAAGAAAGUUAUUAAGCUUCCCCUAUCUAUUAAGCCCCCCGCCUCCCGUCUCCUACAACCUUCUUGUACUUGAGAUUUUCCACUUUGUAUCCUAGUUCUUUAUGGAGAACUGAUAACAUCGUCUUUUCUCACUUAAAUAAGCCCUCCUUUUCUGUUAAGCACCCCCCCCCACCCCUCAAAUGGGCUCGAAAUAAAUAAGAGGAUUUACGGUAACUACACCAGUAGAUAAGUUAUCCACAGGAAAUUUCUCUGUCCACUGGAUAGUGAUUUAUUCGAGUGUUGUCCAGCUUUUGAACAACUGGGCCCAAGUUUUACGCUAGAUUUUUGUGGUUUGCAGAUGUGCAGUGUGGGACGGCCAAAUGGUACUGGCUGGUGGAGAAUCCGGCUACUUACAGAUCUGGGAUCUGAUUAAUGUACAGGAGGUUUGCAGAAUCACUGCUCAUGAAGGUACACUAGUCACGCCCACUGACUGUGGUCUCCUAGUUCACCGCCACAACUGGGAUAAUUUUGAGAGAGCUACUUGAAUAUGUUAACAUAGGCCUGGCUAGAGUGCUUUUUCAUCUUCAUAAAAAAAAGGCGCCAAACAUGUCCUUCUUGGAAGUACUUCUACUUUGUCUCUUUUCUACUUUAAUCUCAAGAUAGCCUUACUUGGCGUUAGUGGUAGCAGAUUUAUGUUUGGUGUGGUUCAAUCUUAUCCUUGGAUUGAAUUUUAUUUUCCUUUGUUUUUGAAUAUGGUAAUAUAUGAUAAUGAGUUUAAAACAAAGGAAAAUAAAGUUUAAUCCAAGGAUAAACCGAUUAUUAAAAGAACUACCAAUCAAAACACAGCAUUGCAGCUAGAGCGUUUUGUCUUUCGAGCGAUCUCGCCUCUCUCGCUAACGUUUGGCUUUUACUAGUUUUCUAAUUAGAUUUACUGUCAAGGCUGGUCAAGCGUUCCCCCCAAGAUUGCAUUAAUGAAUCGAUUAUUUGAAAAAUGAAUCCCUUAGGCGUUGCCGCAACCAGUCUCAAAUUCAAAUCUGCAUUCCUGCAUGCGUAAAGAGCAGUUAAUUUUUCACGAUAACUCCUCUGUAUUCGGUCAGAUUGAAAAAUCUUUAAAUUGUUUUAAAGACAUUUACAUCAAAUUCAAGAAAACUGAGCCGCCAGAAAUUUCAUGGCUACCUCGCGUGUGAAUUCACUCCUCAUUACGUACGUAGGGAUCCAGAGAUGAAACUGAAAUCUACAACAACCAACGGAUUCAACCUUCGAAUAAUAAAUUUAUUAAUGCAAUCUUACGUGGUACGCUUAACCUGCCCUGACUGUAAAAUAAUCUUGCCAUGGUAUUGUCUAGGAGUGAAAGGGUUAAUUGCUUUGGGAUAUCAAAAGUAGCAAGCCUUUUAUAACUACUCCUCUGCUUGCUAAAGGACUUUUCGUAACUCACCACAGUUGUGUUUUUCAUUCUGACCUUUGCAGGGGCCAUUCGAUGCAUAGACGUAUCAAGUGACGGCUGCACCGUGGUAACAGGAGGCGAGGAUGGACAAGUCAUUAUGUGGAAACUUCAUGUUUAACCGACCGGCAGUUAUACCACCGCCUUUAACGUAAACCAAGAGAACCUCCUGUAGAAACGAAUUUCGUGACUAGUCCCUAGUACCUCACAACCGGUAAUUUGGCCGCGUUGGCCUGGUGAGAGGUCUCAUUACGUCUCUCAUUACAGUUCAAGUAAUCGAAUGAACAGUCGUCGUCGUCGUGAAAAAUUAGUACAAUGUGAAAGUGUUGACAAAGAGGUCGCACCAGAGGAUUUCGUCCAAGGACUAAAAAGUUGAAACUUAAUUACUGGUCUCUAUAACCAACUUUGGGAUUGAACGAGGAGAUCAACGGAAACGUACAUAUAGAUUAUCUAAAAUCGUUUCCAAAUGCCACCAGAAAAGAUCAUGUAGAUAUCAGUAGGCUCAUAUAUUUCUUCAAAAAUUUUAGGUGAAGAAUUAGAUUGAGGUGUUUUUUAGUAUUUAUUUAGACACCGAUUUUUUCCAUUAAAAAAUUGAUAAAUCCCCCCCAUAAUUUUUCAGCCAAAAAGAGUUGAUGGAUUUUCGUGUGUCUUAACGCAGACUAAGGUUUUGACCUUAACGGUAGAACAGCUAAACUUCAGAGAUAUUCCUCGGCCAUGUUGGCUACUCUUUGCGGUCACUCAAAUGUUCACAUUUCGCAGUAAAGCGUAGUUUUGUUGCCCCUCGACAAAUUUGGAAAGUUAUGGUGACAACUUUGGGCAGAAAUGUGUAAUAGGUUUCUUCCACAGGAGUUGAAUAGCAAAACACUUUGUCCAAAGAAGAAUUAUUUACCUUAGUUUUUAAGAUACCAAUAUAUAUGAAGAAACAAUAACUUUAAAAAUUGUUUUCUUGUAAAAUAUGUGUACAUUAACGGCGCUUUUAUUAACAAAGAAGAAUAAGCGUGCUUACCUAUUGGGG